AUGGACGAAGUGAAAGAUGAGAAGCCGACAGAAAACCCCGAGGGGCCUCUUGCUUCCGGCGAGCAACGAAUUGUGAUAUCCAUGGACGGAGAGAUUGUCAACGCCUCUGGCCACGUCGACCAGCUGCAUCGCCAGUAUGGUUUCUUGAGUAUUCUGGGUCUCGCAUUGACGGUCGACAAUGCUUGGGUCGCUCUGGGGACAUCGCUCGCCGUCUCCAUCUACAACGGAGGCGCUCCCGGGGUGAUUUGGGAACUGUGGAUUGCAGCCUUCUACUACAGCUUCAUCAACGCGUCCAUCGCCGAGUUCGCGUCCUCGGUGCCGUCCUCGGGGGGCGUCUAUCACUGGGCGACCAUCACGGCGGGACCCAAAUGGGGACGUCCCGUAGGGUUCUUCGCCGGUUCCCUGAACUAUUUCGGCUGGCUCUUUGACCUGGCGUCCAUCGCGUACAUCAUGUCGGAGCUGUGCGUGCAAAUGUACUUUUUGUACCACCCGGACUAUGUCAUUCAGCCGUGGAAUCUCUUCGUGGGCCUGCUGUGCAUCAUCGUCCUGUGUCUGACGGUCACCAUCUUUUUCAACAACACCCUGGCAUACCUUCAGCAUUUCGGCUUGUUCAUCGUCACGGUGGGCGGCAUCAUCACCAUCAUUGUCCUCGCGGGGAUGCCGUCGACCCAUGCCUCCAACCGAUUCGUCUGGACGGACUUCCAGAACAACACGGGUUGGAGCGGCGGAGUGGCUUUCUUGACCGGCGUCCUCAACGGGGCGUUCACCAUCGGAACGGCCGACGGCGUGACGCACAUGGCUGAAGAGCUCCCCAACCCCAAACGCGACUUGCCCAAGGCCAUCUUCGCGCAGAUCGGCCUCGGGUUUCUCUACGCCUGGUGCUUCGCCAUCGCCCUGUUCUACGGCGUCAACGACCUCGCCGCGGUGCAGAACAGCAACGGGUCCUUCCCGCUCGCGCAGGCCUACUCGCAAGCGACCGGCAGCCGCGCGGCGACCUUCGGCCUGCUCUUCAUCAUCUUCCUGUCCCUCGUGCCCUGUCUGAUCGGGACCUUUUUGACCGUCGGACGCACCUGGUGGGCUCUGGCCCGCGACAACGCGACCCCGUUUUCGGGCUUCUUCUCGCACGUCAACGAACGGCUGAGCUGUCCCAUCGAAGCCACCCUCUUGACGGGGUUGUUGACCGUCGGCCUCUGCGCCAUCACGCUCGGCAGCAAGACGGCCUUCAACGACCUGGCGGGCUCCUUCGUCGUGCUCAGCAGCGUCUCGUACGUCGUCACCAUCCUCCCCAACAUGAUCACCCGGCGGCAGUACAUGCCCGUGGGGCCCUUCCACCUGGGCAAAUUCGGGUAUCUGAUAAACGGGUUGGCCGUGCUGUUCAUCAUCUUAUUUGACACCUUUUACUGCUUUCCGUACGCUCUCCCCACCACCGUGGCCACCAUGAACUACAACUCGGUCAUUUUGGCGGGCGUGGUCGCCCUCACGACCUUUUGGUGGUUCGUCCACGCCAUCCGCAAGUACGAGGGCCCCAACGUGGGCAAGAUGGUCCAGGCCAACAUAAUGGAGGCGCGCAGGGCGUCAAAGGUAUAG